GCGGGGACGGCGGCACCGGGGAGCUUCGGCUUCGGGACAGGCUGUUCAGCAAGCGGCGGGCACGGGCCGGAGGGACCCUCGCUGAAGUGAAUGCAAGCCGGUUAAGGCCUGUGUGCUUGGCCAGCAUGUCCGGCGAGCUGACCCAAAGUGUCAUCAAGAGAAUAGUCCGCCAGGUGGGCCUGGAGUGCGCUGCCCAGGGACAAAGCCUCUCGGAAACCUUGGUGGUCUUCAUGGUGAAAGCUGUUGUUUUAGAUCCAAGAAAUGAUUUUAAUAUGGAUCGAAUCCUCACAGAAAACGAUAUGCAGGAUCUUAUCCAGCUCUGUGUUACCAGACUGCUUGACACAACAAACCCAUCCCUAAGCACAAUUAAGAUGCAAGUUUACUUUGAUAUGAACUAUGCAAACCGAGAUGAAUUACUGAGUGAACAGGAGCGUGUUCUGGAAGGAAAACUGGCUCCUGUAGUUAGGGCCAUCACAGAGAGUGGUCCACGUGCACAAGAAGAAGUGGAGAAUGUGUAUCAAAAUAUCGUUACCUAUGUGCUGCUGAGAUCUGGCCUGGGAUCCCCAACAGAUAUUGAGGCUGUCAGGGAGGUAACAGCUGCCUUGCAGAGUGUAUUCCCCCAGACAGAGAUGAUUACUUUCAUCUCACUCAGUAAGAAGGACAAAGAACAACAGCUGAAAGAUCUUGCCAUGCUAGUGACAGGAAUUCGUUUGUACAACAAGCAGUGCCAGAAAGGAGGAAGCUGCAUUGAUGACUUGCCAGGCAUCCUGAGCGAAGCCAUUCCCUUGGCCACACAGACUCUCGAUGAACGCCUGAACUCCUGCCAGCUGCUGGCCCACCGCUACACGGCCCUGCUGGAAUCCAUGCAGGAAGACCCCCAAAGGUUCUCCCAGCUUAGGUUUUUUAAAUUGAAAGAAGCACUAUUCAAUGUGAGACAGUACGAAGCCUUCCUUUGCAUCCUCCAGUCUAAUGCAAUUACAAGUGCUCAAGAAGUUGAAUCACUGGAUGUUCAGUUUGAAGCAGCAAUGAUGGUAUUGAAAAACACAGUGCAGAAUAAGACUUCCAUAGAGUCCAGAGAAGUUUUUCCUCUGUUUGUGGAACUUUCUAAGCUUUGGACCGGCUUUCAGGAUGAAAUGCUACUGCUAACCUUCCUCACAAAUAUGGCUGACAAUCUACAACAAUUCUUGGAAAUCCAAUCACAGCUUUUUCCAGAGGAAAUGCUAACAUCUCUUCUGGAAGGAGUUACCGUGAAAAGUGAUGUGGAAAGGAUAAAAGAAACCAUGGGAACCAGAGUGAAUGUUUCUGAUUUCAUGAACCAAGAAUGGCUUUUUCCAGAGACUACUGAUAAUUUUGAUCAGUUGCUGAUCCAGUACCAUGGUUUCUGUGCACAUUCAAUUGGUGUGAAAGGUAUCACCCUACCAGGAAAUCCUGCUAUUGGAAUUUUGAAGCACAAGGAGAAAUAUUAUGUUUUCAGUUCAAAAGAAGCUGCAUACAUCUUUGCUGAAGAUCCAGAUAAGUUCAUUCAAUUGAAUACAGAAAAAGCAAAAAAAUAUGCAGAGCUAAUUCAACUGCUUGAGCUCCGUCAUCAGUUUGAAUACCUUGUUCCACACGCACAGGCCAGAAAGGCAAGCAAAAGUUUGAUGAAACCACCCCCAAAAUGUGAGACUGGUACUCAAACUGAUACUCAUAUCUUGCCUCCAACUAUUGUGAGAUCCUAUGAAUGGAAUGAAUGGGAACUGAGAAGAAAAGCUAUAAAAUUGGCCAACUUGCGCCGCUUGUUAACUCAUUCCAUGCAGACUGAUCUCAGCCACAUGAGAAGAGAGAACUUCACCCAAGUGUACUUGCCAAAAGAUGCUGGCACCCAGACUAAGCGUGACAACUCAAGCAAUGUACCCAAACCCCAGAUUUUCUUGAAAGGUCUCCGAGGAGGAUCAUCUCCCACUACUCAUAUGGUCACAGUAGACUUAACAAGACCACUGGAUGAAACUUAA